AUUAUAGCAACGUCGUUGAGUUUGUGUCUUUCCCUGGUACAAAUUAUCAAACUGAAAAAUUGAUUGGUGACAGAAAAAAUAUGGAUUUGUUUGGUGAUUUACCAGAACCAAGUAAGGAUGGCCAGAGUUUAUAUGAUGAUUUGUCUGUCCAGUCCCAGACUGUAAAAGGAGCAUCUGGACCACAGAAAAGGAAUGCUGAUUCAGCUGAUUUGUCUUCUACACACGAUGACAAAACUUCUAAAAUAAAAACAUCAGUCAAGUUUAAGCUGAAAGGAUUUUACAAAGAAAGACGAGGAGAGAGAGAAGAGAUGCAGGACGCUCAUGUUAUAAUUGAUGAUUACACAAAAGAAUUCUCCAAAUUAGAUCCGUCAGUAUAUCGCCUAGCUAUCUUUGCUGUAUAUGAUGGCCACGCUGGAUCAAGGGCAUCUAGGUUUGCAUCAGAGAAUUUACACAAAUAUCUGAGAGAUAAGUUCCCAAAGGGUGAUGUCACAACCAUAGAGAAAGAUAUAAAGAAGAUAUUGAUAGAAACCUUCAAGAAAACAGAUGAUGAUUUUCUCAAACAAGCUACAAAGAGUAAACCAGUAUGGAAAGAUGGAACGACAGCAACAGUCAUACUAGCAAUAAAUGACACAUUGUAUAUAGCUAGUCUUGGGGACAGCCAGGCUUUUUUGUGUCGAUAUAAAGAAGAAACAAAGAAGUGUUCACCUAUUCAUCUAACUACUGUACAUGAUCCAUCGUUGUAUGAAGAAAGAAUAAGAAUACAGAAGGCUGGCGGACAUGUUCAAGAAGGCAGGGUAAUGGGAGCCCUUGAAGUGUCCAGGUCUAUUGGUGAUGGUCCCUAUAAAAAUCAUGGUGUAUCCUGUGUUCCUGAUGUAAAGAAAUGUCAGCUGACCCAAGGAGAUAGAUAUAUAGUGUUAGCAUGUGAUGGUUUAUGGAAGAAAUUUAAACCAGAAGACUGUUUAGCAUUUACGAAUAAAAUAUUAGAAGAUUCUACUAUACAAGGUACAGAUGAUAAAAGUACAGACGACCUGAGAUAUGAAACAGCUUGUAAUAAACUAGCCAAUGAAGCUGUGUUACGCUUGAGUGCAGACAAUGUGACAGUGUUAAUUAUUGCAAUACAACCAAAUAAGUGAAUGUUAUUGGAGAUGAAUUGAAAUAGGAUGAUUUAUGUGGAUUGUGAAAAUAUUAGUUUAUCUUAA